AUGGAGCUCUUCUCUGCUCUAACCUCAUUUUUCUUCCUUCUCUCUUCUCUCUAUCUCUUCAUUCACAUUCAUCAAACAAGACCAAAGAAACCUAAUAUUACAAAUUCUACCAUCAUCAUCAUCAAACGCUACCCUAUACUCGGCCACCUGCUGGAGUUCAUCAAGAACCGAAACAGAAUACUCGACUGGUUCACCGAUAUUCUAAAACAAAACCCUAAAAGCACCCUAGUCUUAAAACGGCCCUUCAACAAACCGACUGUCGAAACCGCCAACCCUCUAAACAUGGAGCACUUGGCGAAGAACAACUUCGACAAUUACCCUAAAGGCCACUUUAUGAUAUCACUCAUGGGCGAACUGCUUGGCGGAGGAAUAUUUAACUCCGACGCGGAGUGCUGGAAGGUGCAACGAAAGGCUGUGAGCCACGAGUUCAGUACCAAGUCCUUGAGAAACUUUGUCGUUAAAAGCGUAGUCGUCGAGAUCCAAACUAGGUUACUUCCGAUUCUGGAAAAGGCCUCCGAAACGGGUCAGAUUAUAGAUUUACAAGACGUUUUGGAGAGAUUCGCUUUCGAUAAUAUCUGUCAAUUGGCUUUCGACUUUGACCCGGGUUGUCUCGGCACCAUCCACGGAGCCGACAGCGGUGGUGCCGGCGAUAAAUUCAUGAGGGAUUUGGCAGAAGCGGUCGAAAUCAGCUCCACUAGGUUCAUGAAUUUUAUUCCCUUUCUCUGGAGGAUUAAGAGGUUUCUCAACGUUGGAUCAGAGAAACGUCUGAAACAAUUAAUCUUAACCAUUCAUAAAUUUGCUGAUAGUAUUAUAAAGUCAAGAAAGGAGUCUUUAUCCAAGGAAGAAAAAAACACAGAAGGAGACCUAUUGUCGAGAUUUAUCGGAGACGACGAACUAAACUCGCCCGAGUUUUUGAGAGAUAUUGUCACUAAUAUGAUUAUCGCAGGACGAGAUACCACAUCCUCAGCUCUAUCCUGGUUCUUUUGGGUCCUAUCGUCCAGGCAGGAAAUCCAACAUAAUAUCUUGAAAGAGCUUGAGCUAAUUCGGGCUCGAACUGAUGCUACAAAUUUCAACAAUAGUAACACGUAUAGUUUCGAUCAAAUCAGAGAUAUGCAAUACAUGCACGCCGCGAUUUCGGAAAGUAUGAGACUUUACCCACCUGUGCCGGUGAAUUCGAGAGUGUGUCUAAACGACGACGUUUGGCCGGAUGGGACAAUGGUGGGCAAGGGUACUAUGGUGUCGUUUCAUCCGUACGCCAUGGGGAGAAUGGAGAGUAUAUGGGGUGAGAAUUGCCUUGAGUUUAAGCCGGAGAGGUGGCUGGUCGAUGGAGUAUUUCGGCCGGAGAAUCCGUACCGGUAUCCUGUAUUUCAUGGCGGUCCGAGAAUGUGUCUGGGCAAAGAAAUGGCUUAUAUUCAGAUGAAGUCGAUUGCAGCGUCGGUGCUUGAGAAGUUUGAAGUUGGCGUAUUGGAUGAAGACACGUGUCCAGAGAAUUUGCAUGUUGUGACUUUACGAAUGAAAGGUGGUUUACCGGUGAGGGUUAGUAAAAGAUCCGUUUAG